CUCGUGUUGCAGUCACGUGAUCCUGGGGGUUGCUGCUAACUGGAGGGGAAUGUGUUAAUUGGUUCUGCGCUUCCCUCCCUUUCCAGGGAAGGCAUUGGGCAGUCUAGGAAAGGACCUGGACCUAGGGUUACCUAUUUUCUUAGCCUAUUUCUUCAUCUGUCAGUUGGCUGAGUGAAGCAUCAUCACAGUGGUUAAGAGCAGUAAAUACAAAGCAGUUAGUGCAGUGUCUGCUACAGCGUUUGUCCUUCUUUUCCAUACACUAAUAAGGACUAAAAAGCCGCUGUUAUUUGAGAAUUAAAUUGACUGAGAGAUAAGCUAGCCAGCAUUUUCUAAAAGGUUGAAAAGGUGAGCUACACAUAAAAUUUUAAAAUGUCUUACGAAUAUUCCAGUGGUGGUGGUAUUGGUGGUGGUGAUGGCAGUGAUGGCGGUGAUGGCGGUGGUACACAAAGCUUUAAUCCCAGCGCUCAGGAGGUAGAGGCAGGCGGAUCUCUUGUUAGUUCAGGGCCAGCCUUUUCUACAGAGAGAGUUCCAGGACAGCCAGGGCUACAUGGAGAAACCCUGUCUCAAAAAACAAAACAAAGCAAAAAUUUCAUGAAUAUAUACGUUUUAGUGUUUUAAAUGUUUUUGGUUUGUUUGUUUGUUUUUGUGCAUGGCUGUUUUGUAUGCAUGUAUGUCUGUGCACCACGGUGCAUGCUUGGUGCCUGAGGAGGCCAGAAGAGGGUGUUGGAGCCCCCAGAAUAGAGUUAGAGUUGUGAGCCACCGUGUGGGUGCUGGGAACCAAACCCAGGUCCUCUGCAAGAGCAGCCAGCAUUCCUGCCCCUCUACCUGUGGAGCCAUCUCUCCAGCCCUGGUUUUUUAAGUUUUUAAUUACAUUAUUUAUUUACUAUGUACUUAUUGUGUUUGGGUGAGUGUAUGUUUGGGUGUGUGAAUGUUUGUGAGUGUGAGCGAGCAGGCAUCCCAAAGCAUACAUGUAGAGUUCAGAGGGUGCCUUGUAGGAGUUGGUUCUCUUGUUCUGAGAAUCAGACUUAGGACCUCAGGCCUGGUGGUAAUCAGUUACAUGCUGAGUCACCUCACUGGCCCUCAAUUAAAAAAAAACAAAAUAGCCUCUUCGCCUUUGCUCCUCCAUCAUGAGACUUACGCCUAACUCGGCUUCUUGCUAUGUCUUCUCACAAGACUUUCCAAAUCAGGCGAUUCCUAGCCAAGAAACAAAAGCAGAAUCAUCCUAUUCCUCAAUGGAUUUGGAUGAAAACUGGUAACAAAAUCAGGUACAACUCCAAGAGAAGACACUGGAGGAGAACAAAGCUGGGUCUGUCAGAAUUCACACAAUGGCAAGACUUAAGGUUUAUACAGAGUUAUGAUCAUCAUCAACUGGGUCCUGUGAUCAUCAGUCAGUCCUACCAGAUGGAAUUUUGGUCUUGUCUAAACUGGGGAUGAAGUUUGUCCCAUAAUGUAGAACGUUUCAAACCGCAAAAAAAAAAAAGAAAAAAAUAAACCGAUAGGCAGCUGUGCUCCUAGCACUAGGUUGAAGCAGGAGGGUCAAGAGUUCAAGGCCAGCCUAAGCUAUAUGGCAGCAUGACAGCCUGGGACCGCACAGUGACAUUGUGUCUCAGAAGUAAAUGAAACUGGUGGAAUUGGCUUAGAGUCAAUUUUCUAUACAAUUCUGCUUUUCAGUACCCUUUCAGGUGUUAUAGUUGGUGACAUGGGAGUGCUAGCCACUGUUGGAUGGUGAGGCUCCACCACAUAGUUUUCAUUUAGUCUCUGGCCUAAAAGGAGCCAUCUCUUGCAGCCCUGGGGUUGUAUUUUAAGUGUUAUCUUCCACCAUGCCUGAAGUCCUAUGCUUGAAGUGUCCAGCGCUCUUGCCUUUUGUACUUACCAAGAGAACAAGUUGGAUGGUUUGUAUCAGGUGAGGUGACACAGUACGCGUUGCGGAAUCUGGAAAUCUCAAUAGUAAAUUUUAUUUGGUCUUUCCCCAAUUUUGUAAGAAACUUGGUUCUUUUUGAGGUUCUGUGUGUGUGUUUAAGUGUUUGCAUGUGUGUAUGUGUAUCACUUGCAUGUCCAGUACCCAAGGAGGACAGAAUUGGGUGCUGGAGUCUAAGAAACUGGGGUUAGAGAAUUCCAAACAUCACACAAUCACAGAUUGUGUCUGUCUACAGCUGGCAAAGCCUUGCCAUUUCUAGAGCAGGAAGCAAAUCAUAGUCAGCUGCUACUGAUAGUCCAAAGCAGCCCCACAUCACCUGUACCUAGAAUAAAACAGAAGCAUAGUCUUACAAUAUUUCUGUUUGUUUUGUUUUUGUUUUCCAAGACAGGGUUUCUCUGUAUAACCUUGGCUGUCCUGACUGGCUUUGUAGACCAGAUUGGCCUCUAAGUCACAGAUCUGGCUACCUCUGCCUCCUGAGUGCUGGGAUUACAGGCGUGCGCCACCGCCACCUGGCACUAUACUAGUUUUGUUUUGAGACGGUGUUUUAUGUAGCCCAGUCUGGCCUCAAACUCAGUAUAGUUAAGGCUAGCUUUUAACUGCUGAUCCUCCUGCCUCUACCUCCCAGGUGUGCUGAGAUCCUGUUUUGAUGGUGGCGGUGGUGUGUGUGUGUGUGUUUGUAGGUAGAAAUCAAACCCAGGGCUACUGGGAACGCAGUAGGCAUAUAUUGUGCUGUGGAGCUACAUCUCUGUUGAGGAACUUGAGAAACCACCUUGGAAGAUGAAUAAAAUAGCAAAGAAAUAACGGUCUUUUUCUUGUUUUUUUCCCCGCUCACCUCUUCUC